AUGAAUCGUGAAGAAGUCUCCCAAAUCCGAUCAGUGAAGCAACAUAAUCCUCAGAUUUACCACGCGAAUCCACUACCAUCGUCCUCCUCAGCAGGCUACUUAUCCGAUUAUGGUUCUGACGCCUCAACUACACGUAGCUACGAGACACCUCCGUCCCGUAUCUCAACGCCGGCGCGAGGCCGAGUGCAAGAUUCGAACAUGCCUUAUCCGGCAAGACCACCACAGGUCGCACCUGCUUGGAAUACCUCAGAUCGCCCGAACCCACUUGGCCAGAAUCGCCAUGUGCCAGACUACGACGCACCUACACCAGGUGUCGAUGAUACACCAUACAUUCGUUUCGCCAUUGAACAGCUGACUUUCGAUGAAGACCUUACAGGAAGAGGCAGACAUAGUUCAGCCGAUAUAGAUCAACCUCUUACACUCCCACCGUGUCCACAAUCACCACGGCGAAACAUUCCUUCACCGACAAAGCGAAACCCGAAACAACCUCCUAACCCGCCAUUUCAAUUCCCACGACCAAGUUUUGAACAGCAACGAAGACCGCAAAAGGGCGAGGUCAUGUUACUGCCGUCUGAUCCUCCUCGAGACAGACACCAACUUGGUUAUGUACCAACACCUCUUCGACCGAUCUCACUCGGUUCUCUUGUAUUGAUAUGUCUGCUCAUGAUUGUUGGCCUCAUCUUCUCCAACGUAUAUGCGCUAUCGAACCACGGAAUUUACGACUACGACUCGAACUUUUCCCCAAGAUACUUCGUCUUCGAAUACCUACCUCCUCUUCUUGGGAUGAUCAUAAUACUCUGGCUGUUCGUGGUGCAGGCAGCCAUCUACAGGACCGCGCCAUACUUUGCCAUGUCUAAGGGAGCGCCCAGUGGGAAAAGAGACAGAACACUCCAGUUCAUGCCAAUAGUUCCUGCCAACUUUGUGCUUCCAGACUGGGGAUUCUUCAAGCUGGGUGAGCCGGCCAUAGGUGCUGUUCUGAUUGUUUUCUGGCUGAUGAACUGGACCAUCCCGCUCCUCAGCUGUUUGUAUGGCACCCAGUGGUUCACCAACGUGGAGCCUGCACGCUUUCGCUGGACACCUGUCCAGGGUCUAGGAUGGUUCGUCAUGGUCAUGUACCUCGUACUCAUUCCAGCACUAGUCUACUGCAUGAUUCAUUUCCGACGAAAGAACUCGGCGCUGAUGUGGGACCCGAACAGUCUGGCUGAUUUGAUCAUCCUGUUUCAGCGUUCGAACAUCCUACCAGACUUUGUUCAGUCUGAGACAAAGGAAGAUCUAGCUGGAGAGCUGGCACCACGGUACUGUCGACUUGGCUAUUGGACAACUAACCGCAGUCUGGACUUCUUCUAUGCUGUGGGCGAAGCAAAUCAACCAUACUCUGAGCUUGCAGCAUCUCCAGCUCGGAGCGCGAAUGAGAAGUUCGAUAGUUCCAGGUUAUCUGCUGACUCACAGGAAGGCUUCAGACACUCUCAAGCGAGCUCUUUCGCCAGAAUGUUGCAUUCGCCCUUCGUGAGACAUCGAUGGUGUCCUUGGUUCCUGAGAGAUGGUGCCGUACUAGCCUGGGCAAUCGCUGCAGUUCUUCUGCUCAUUGCUUUCCUGGUCGUGAGCUUUGUCCAUGAAGCUGUACGGGAUGGGUUUGCAGGCCUCAUACCUGCGAUAACUCAACCCAACGGUUUCUCUCCUGCUAAUUUCCUGUACAGUUUCUUGCCAGCCCUGCUUGGCAUGUUCCUCUUCCUGGCCUGGCAGCCUAUCGACGUGUACUUUCGGACUGUUCAGCCAUACGUCAACCUGUCGGAGCAAUAUGGAACAUCAGCGCAUCGGUCAAUACUGCUGUCUUACAAUGCAGAUCUGCCUGGGAUUGUCACACUGCGUGCUCUCAGGAACCGAGACUGGAAAGUGGCCUACCUCUCCCUCAUCUCACUUGUGGCAUCUACCAUCCCUGUAUUGGCUGGUGGUGUCUUCACCGCUCUCUUGUUCGAUAAUGGCGAUGUGAGAAUGGUGGCCUCAAUGCCAGGCUACAUAGGAUUGUGUAUCCUGCUCGGCAUCUACGCCCUGUCGUAUCUAGUGAUCUGGCCGACUCGCCACCGAUACCUACCACAUUCAGUCAACACUGUCGCUGGAAAUCUGAGCUUCCUUUAUGCCUCCAGGCUGCUCAAGGACUCUUCCAUCCGCAACAUCAGGACAAAGGCAGACUUCAUUGCACGUCUGGACGCCAGUACAGGCACUGGCCUGACAGGAGACGGUAGAAAACGUCACAGAGAGACAAAAGAUCUUGGUCAGGAGUCGAAGUUUGGGUUCGGCAUCUACACCGGCGUCGACGGAUCCCAACAUCUCGGAAUCGAUCGCAUGCAGCGACCAGGGAGUGGCGAAGUCCUGGUCGUCACAACACAACAGCGAGGGUUCUGA